UGUCAUGUUUCUCCCUCGAGUGAAUGUAUUCGUGUUUGUUUUCAACCAGUUUUUAACAUUCAUUGCGUGGAUUCGGCGACCUAAUAAACGGACAGCGAACAUUUAAGGAUUUUAAGAACUGUGAGGUAGGAUUUGCCGUGAAAGUGUUUAACUUGUCUAUUUUUUUAAUAAUCAGAAAUUUCAAAAGACAAUACAAAUCGGACUGACACUCCUGAUAAGAGCAAUUUAAUCGGAAAGAAAAUGAGAAAGUAAGAUUGGUAAUUGAAUUAGAGCCCGGGUUCAGCCAUUGGCUACAAGAGGCCUGGUGCCCCCGCAUUCUCCCCUAAAAGCUCCUCCCCUCACGCUUGCAAACACUUGGACCACAUCUUAUAAGAGCCUCUGAGAGUCAUGUCCUUGCCAUCAUCUGAUCAGAAAACCCAGCGGAGAGCAGGAGAAAGGUUUUGAACUCCCGCCCCCUUCCAUCACUCAUUCUGGAGGGAGGCGUGCAAGUCCCCCAGAACCGAACAGAUCGCCUCCGUUCAUCUCCAAUUGGACUCUUGACUCGCCUUCAAACAUGCAAUUAGAGAACAUCCUCCCCAGUGCUCUACCCAAGACUUUUUACAACCUCUCCUCGUCGGACAGUGCCAACAACAGUCCGAGGCCGCCGUCGCAACUCGAUUAUCAAGAAGUGGAGCGAGCGGAAGCGGAGUCCAACAGUGCUCCUAAAAAAUACCUGCAGGGGAACGGGAUGUUAGGUGACCCAGAGGGGGACACGUUCUCUAAAACCGGCCCCGAUGGGAGGAAAGGCUCCCCGGUGCUCGGUGAGGACGAACUGACCAGCGGUCGGCGGUACAACUUAGACGAACUGGGUUCUGAUCGCUAUUUCAUCUCGUCAUCUCAGGCGAGUUCCGACAUGGCGAGUCCGUGUUCUUUAUUUCCGUACGCGGGGCAAACUGGCUCCGUUUACACGGGCACCACCGGGUCCAGGUACCCGGCUUCACUCCAUUACGGAUCAGUUUUGCCGCCCGCCGGGUUCUCAUCUCCGUCCGUGUGCACCGGGCGGACCCAGUUCGGCAGCGGGGGGUACCAGUUCAGUCAGGGGCCCGGCUGCUUGUACCCGUCUUAUCCCGGGACCGGCAUCAGCUCCAUGUCUUUGCCGGGAUCCGGCACCGGCCCGCGGGCGCAGGUGUAUCUUUGCAACCGGCCUCUGUGGCUCAAGUUUCACCGGCAUCAGACUGAAAUGAUUAUCACCAAGCAGGGCAGACGGAUGUUUCCGUUCCUGAGCUUCAACAUCACCGGGCUGAACCUCACGGCCCAUUAUAACGUCUUUGUGGAAGUCGUUCUGGCCGACCCGAAUCACUGGCGUUUUCAAGGAGGAAAAUGGGUCACUUGCGGCAAAGCGGACAAUAAUAUGCAAGGUAACAAAAUGUACGUUCAUCCUGAAUCCCCAAACACUGGCGCUCACUGGAUGAGGCAAGAAAUCUCUUUUGGCAAGUUGAAGCUGACGAACAAUAAAGGGGCCAACAAUAAUAACACACAGAUGAUAGUCUUGCAAUCCCUACACAAAUAUCAACCACGGCUGCACAUUGUCGAGGUGACAGAGGACGGAGUGGAAGACAUGAGCAAUGAGGCCCGAACUCAAACCUUCACUUUUCCUGAAAACCAGUUUAUAGCCGUCACCGCUUACCAGAAUACAGAUAUCACACAGCUGAAGAUUGACCACAAUCCAUUCGCAAAAGGCUUUCGGGACAACUACGACUCAAUGUACACAGCCCCCGAGAGUGACAGGCUGACCCCAUCUCCAACAGACUCUCCACGAUCAACCCAAAUAGUUCCCGGUGCUCGCUACGCCAUGCAACCCUUCUUUCAGGACCAGUUCGUCAACAACUUGCCCCAAAACCGCUUCUACAGCAGCGAACGGGCCGUGCCCCAAACCAACAGCCUGCUGUCACCGCAAACCGAGGACGCCACCGCCGCCGCCUCAGCCCAGCGUUGGUUCGUCCCACCGGUACAGCAGCCCGGCUCCAACAAGCUGGACCUUUCCUACGACAAUGACUAUUCCACCAGUAGUCUGCUGUCCUACGGCAUCAAACCUCUAUCCCUACAGACGUCCCACGCCCUUAGCUACUACCCGGAUUCGGCCUUUGCCUCCAUGGCUGCCGGAUGGGGCACAAGAAGCUCCUACCAGCGCAAGAUGACCACAGGCUUGCCCUGGUCCCCUCGGCCAAGCCCGCCAGCCUUUGUGGAGGACCAACUGGGGGCCACGAAAGACAAGCUCCCGGACGAAACGGCACCGUCGACCACCGCCUGGAUUGAGACUUCUCACUCGCUGAAAUCUGUGGAUUCUAGCGAUGCCAGCGUGUACUCCAUGGUGUGCAAGAGGCGCAGGAUGUCCCCCGGGGGUUCCAGUACUGAGAACUCUCCCAGCAUAAAGUGUGAAGACUUGACCGCUGAGGAUUACAAUAAGGACAACCCAAAAGGCAUGGGUUAUUAUGCAUUCUACACAAGCCCCUAAGACUAUAAUUUAUUCAAACUUAAUAUACCUGAGUGCUUGCCAUUCCUUGUUAAUAUCUUUUUUUCUCUUUUCUCUAAAGGUGCCAAAGCUUAGUGUUGCUCCCCCAAGCAAGCUGCACAAGGUUUUUUUUCCCAGGCCAACCCCUCUCGCUCAUACCUGAGCAGAAACAUGCAUAGUGAUUGUUGUUUUUGAACAAGCAUGCCCCUUUUUAAAUUCAUUUAUUUCAUUUUUUUUUUUUAAAGCAAAUGGAAUUUGUUCUGCCCCCCUCCCCUACUCCCGCAGUGUAUUUAAGUCGUUCCCAUUGUACAAUAUUUGUGCACUUUAGAAUGUGAUGUAACAUGUAAAAAAUUUGUCUUCAUGGAGGUGUUAUUAAAUGGAAAAAUAAAGCUGCUUUUCAUAAAGCAUCA